AUGGUUCAAGUCUGGUAUAUUCUAUUGAUUGAUGAUUUUAGUCAAGUUUGUGCUAUUUUAAUGUGUGAGCAAGAAUUUGGUGCAGCCGGGUCCAGUUUGAUGCGCGAGAAGAUACCACAACACACGCAUUCAUUUUGUGCUUUCCACUCUUUAUACAUUUACCAUCACUUUGUGCGGAUUCUAUGGGAAGCUGGAUGUUGCCUUUUAGUAUUUGACAUAUAA